AUGAAGUCCUCCGAUAUUGAUCAGGAUUUAUUUACAGACAGUUACUGCAAGGUGUGCAGUGCACAGCUGAUAUCUGAAUCUCAGCGUGUGGCCCAUUACGAGAGUCGAAAACAUGCCAGCAAAGUCCGACUGUAUUACAUGCUUCACCCCAGGGAUGGUGGGUGUCCUGCCAAGAGGCUCCGGUCAGAAAAUGGAAAUGAUGCUGAUAUGGUGGAUAAGAACAAGUGCUGCACGCUUUGUAACAUGUCUUUUACCUCAGCAGUGGUAGCUGACUCACACUAUCAAGGCAAAAUCCAUGCCAAAAGGUUAAAACUGUUGCUAGGAGAGAAAACCCCAUUAAAGACCACAGCAACGCCCCUGAGCUCCCUUAAGCCUGCUUGUGUGGACACUGCUCCAGUGGUUGCAUCUCCCUAUCAAAGAAGAGAUUCAGACAGAUACUGUGGGCUCUGUGCAGCCUGGUUUAAUAAUCCUCUGAUGGCCCAGCAACAUUAUGAUGGCAAGAAACACAAAAAGAAUGCGGCAAGGGUCGCUUUAUUAGAACAACUUGGGACAACCCUGGACAUGGGGGAACUAAGAGGUUUGAGACGCAAUUACAGAUGUACCAUCUGCAGUGUAUCCCUAAACUCAAUAGAACAGUAUCAUGCUCAUCUGAAAGGAUCCAAACACCAGACCAAGUAG